ACAUUGCCUAGGUUAUAUGUACACAUUAAUGAAAAAUAAAAUUAAAUAUAUUAUUAAAUUAUGAGUAGAAGACUGAGGAUUGAAGAAGAGAAAGUCAAGGCCCUCAAAGAUGAACUCCAAGAAGAGGAAGACAAAUUGAAACUAAUGCAAGAGCGGAUUUUUGGACCGUUGAUUUGGCGCAGAUUUCAAAAUGGGAUAAAAAUUAUGGAUCUACAAGAGCCAAACUUUCGCGAGGCUAUCGAUCUUAUUCUUAAAUACUAUUUAAAAGAAGACAUACUUUUUCGCAAUACUAAGAUAGCCGAAGACGAGGUUUCUCAAAAUUGCUUUGCUGAACGACUUAUUUUUAAGUUGAAAGAUAGGGCAUCUAUAGUUGCUGUUGAUGAAAAUAAUGAUAAUUGUAUGGUGGGAGUGUUAGUUCUAACUCCAGUACAUAAAUGUGAUUUUGGUCGCGUUUACAGUAGAACUAUGAUUGUAGAAGGCAAAUCAUAUAAGAGCGUCACAGAUUUUAUUAAUUAUAUUAAUAGAAAAGUAGAUAUUUUCGAGCACUUUUACUGUGAUAAAUAUUUAAGAUAUUAUUUGCUCUGUAUUAGUCCCGAGUAUAGAGGGAGAGGAUUGGGUUUGCAGCUUAUGCUAAUAGGCUUAGAAGUAGCUAGACAUUUAAAAAUUCCUGUAGUUACUGGGGUUUUUAAUUCAUUUAAUCUACAAAAAAUUGCUACGAGGAUCGGCAUGGACCAGGUCCUUUAUGAAUACAAUUACGUCAAAUGGUCAGACAAAAAUGGCGAACUAAUAUUUUGUGAUCCAGGACAAGGAAAUUAUUCUUGUAACAUUCAAGCUGGAGUAGUUCCUCCCGCUCCUGAACCUGAUCCCGUACCAGAAAACCAUGAGAAAGAAAUCAAAGGCGGAACACGUGCUGAAAAGAGAAAGGCUAAAGCUAAAUCCGAUGCUAAGAAAAAAGGAGCUUAAAUAUAUAUUAUAUAUUACACUA